AUGCCACCAAGUUCACCGGAAAGACACUUGGUCGCACCGGACAACAGCAACAUCGCUUCCAGACAGGCAUCCCAAGACUCGGACCGCGAAGUAAAAUACCAGACAGGAUUGAUGCCCGCCGAAUAUGCGGGCCUCGAGGUGGCCUCGCCCUCACCGGGCAUGAAGUACUACCAGCCUGCGCCGGGCGCCGCCCCCGAACCGGUACCGGCACCUGUCCCAGGCGGAUACGCGCCGUACCAAGAUCAAGAUCAGCACAACGGCUCCGGGUACGAAAGCCACCAGUACCCCGCACAUUCAACGGCCGGAAUGGGGUACGGCGGAAGCCAAGCGGGGAUACCGCCAAAGAAGAAUAAGAGGAUAUGGGGCAUCCCGGUGGCGACGUUUUGGGUAGCUAUCGUCGCGUUGGUCUUCUUUCUGGGGACGAUUGGGGCGUCUGCUGCAGCGGGAACGAUCGCACAGGCGCAUGCGGCGUAUGUGCAGACGUGCCAAGCCAAACUCGAGCAAUCAUCAUCUCCAUCAGCGUGCGCUUCGAGCGGAUCAUCAGCAGCAUCCGCAUCGCCAUCAGCCUCGGGAGCCUCAGCACUCUCAGCAUCCGCCUCAGCAACAGCAUCAUCAGCGUCCUCCACUUCGACCUCACUCGCCUAUAUCCCGCUCCCAGGCCAAGCCUCCUCGAUCCUGGGCGAAGCGACAACGAAUUGCCCCGAUCUUAGUUCAGAGAACAAGACGUACACAGUGCCGAACUCGAAUCUGCGCUUCGUGCGCGAGUGCGGCAACAAUUACCCCAUGAACGACCUGGGCCACAUCCCGCUGACGAGGAUGGAAGACUGCAUGAACCUGUGCGCGGCACUUGCUGUCACGACGCAGAGCGCUGAUGGGCCAUGUGUGGGUGUGGCGUGGGUUACGGCGGGGAAGCAGGGGACGGAUGAGAAUUAUUGCUGGUUGAAGAGUGCCAAGGGGGCGCCGGAUCCGAAGGCGAAUAUUGAAGCUGCGUGGCUUGUGAGGACGUGA